AUGGCGGACAGCCUGCAACGCCUUCAGGCGAGGUUUCAGCGCAUGCUCCUGACCAACCUGGCAGGCAUUCGAGCUCUCAGCACUCUUCCUCAAGGCGGUCGAGGCACCGGUCCGCGUGUGUAUCAGCCUCGGCUCAUCUCAGCCACGAGGCGAUCGGGUGGAUCGCGACUUCUGUCCCCUCACCCACGAUCCAUCGAUCCCGAGCAGCGCUACCGACGCGAGCAACGCGCUGCAGCCUUCCUCGAAUCCGUCGCGGACCUCGCCCACGGCACCGACGACGAAUGGAUCGAUGAGGAUCUUCAGCGGCGUCCCGAUCGGCGCUACCACGAGCGAAGCUAUGCCGAUGCUGCUGCUGCGCGCGAACGCCAAGCCAUCCUGGCCAUGGCGCAAGGCACGCUCGAGCUCUCACGCACCACGCUCGAGUUGGUCCAGAGCCUCGUCCCAAAGCCGCGUGAGUCAGUCCUGCUCCGGGCAGUGCGCAAGGUGGCAAAGUGGCCAGGCGCUUUCUAUCGUGCACUUGUGCGGCCAGCGCUUGUGGCGAACCUCCGCUGGAUCGGAGCGGUUCCCCGUCAGAUACUGGGCAAGAUCGUCCGCGGGAUUGCGAGCGCCUACGUAUCGGCGGUGACGGUUGGCGUCCGCACCCGCGCCCGAGACAAAACGAUAGGCCCAGCACCCAAAGCGACGCCGCGACAGAAGGCCCGAUCGAUCCUCGGCAUUGCGUUCGUGCUCGGAUCGCUGCACUCGCUCGGACCUUACAUUCGCAUCUUUUCGCCCGACUUCUUUGCGCCGCUCAUUUCGCCGCCGGGUAUCGAGCAGAUGAUCGGCGUGCUCGUCCACACCGCCUCGCUGCCCCUCCUCCUCGGUUCGGUCGCCACCGCAAAGUACUUUGCGCAUCGCUUGCGCACAAACUCUGGCGACGGAUCUUCGCGAAAGCGCCGAAACCGCUCGGCCCGCCACGACCCCACACCCCCUUUGGAGUAG